AUGGAAGAAGGAGAACAUAGAUGGAAGAAGGGAAAAGAAGAAAGGAAGAUGGAAGAGGAGAUGAGAGAGAAAACGGGAGAGCACCGGUACCUUUCAUCCGCGGCCAGAUCUUUUCUGAAUGGCUUCGACGGAGCAACCUUUAAAGAAGAGAAAACUUUACGAAACUCCACCACCACCACCACCACCGUCACAGCCCCACCACCACCACCACCUCCUCCUCCGCCUCCACCGCAGGAGAAUUUCCCACCACCACCUCAAACUCCGCCUCAAUUAUCGCACGAAGAAAUUCUUCGAAGACGAAGGAAUCAGGAAGAAAUUUGGAAUGUCUACGAAAAUUACAAGACUAUUAAGCGCUGUAUCUCCUCUGCCAGGGACCCCCGUCACAUGCCUGAGCUUGAGCAAGCCUAUCUUUCUCUAAUUUCUGCUUCUAGAGGUUGUGCUAGUGUUAAGCGUAUUUUAUCCGAGUUUAUCCCUCGGUAUGGAUCAUACUGCCCUACAGCUCUUGAAGCUGCUGGACAAGUUGUAAUUAAUAUGCAUAAUUGGAGUGUGCCUGUGAUAAGCAGAGGGGAGGAUGCUGAUGGCGUUUCCUUUGAGACUGCUAAGAAUUGUGUGACUGGCUUGGUUGAUAUCUGCUGUACAGCCUCACUCGAGGCACCUUCAUCAUCUGUUAUCCGAGGCAUUUGCUCUGCUGUGUUUCUUAAUGUUGCUACCUUCUUUUCAGCAUCACUUGAUGGCAAAGAUAUAUUUCAGAUUAUGGAUGGAGAAUGCCUUAAGAUGCAAGGCUCUGAAGAAAUAUUUAUUAUGCUGAAGCAGAGAAUUUUAGAAGAAGAUGUAUCUCCACUACUCAAGUUAUUGAAGUUUCGAGCUUUAUGUCUUCUUAGGAUCUUUUUUCUUUGCCCUAAAGAUUUUCUUUCUGCUUGCUUUGAGCUCUUCAGUACCCAUGCAGCAGAUAGAUUUUGUAGAGAAGGAAAAUACUUUCUCACUCAGUUGUGUUGUGCACUCAACGUUGAUGAUGACUGUUAUGUCUCCACUGUGAAUGGAGAACGUUCCGAGUCUGAAGCUAGUACAGGUUGUAAGGAAUCAGACACUUUAAGAAAGAAUGACAAUAGCAAAAGGCCGGAGUCUGUUGGCGAUUUUCAUGGAAACAGAAAAGGAUUCUUUAGAAGCUGCUUGCUGGGAGUGGUUCUUCACAAAGAUCCCUCCUUAAAGAAGUGGAUAUUUUCUAGGUACCAAAGACUGCAGAAAUCUGCAUCCUCUGAAGCUGUCUCUCAGGUCACCAACGCUUUUCAGGGAAUCUUUGAAUCUUUUAAUGAACAGGUCCAUGAAGCCAUAGAAGAUAGUGAUGAAGAAGGUUCAGAUUCAUCCAAAUAUGUUAGCAAGCAUUAUAUGGUUCAAGGGAUAUCUAAUCAACACGGGGUCCUUUGUGAAGCACCUAGAAAAGAUUCCUUGCAAAUUCAUGAUAAUUCGUUCAAGAAUGAGUUGGCAAAUAAAAGUUCAGGGCAGUUUUUGAGGCGACAUGGCUCUAUGAUAUCUCUUGAAAGUAACCACCACUCAAAUACUAGCUCUAACCAUGAUAGUGGAGGCUCCAAGUGCAUGGAAUUUGGUGGGAAGGAGCAAGAUGUAUGUCGUGGCUGGAUUCCCAUGGCUAAAGACCAACUUGGUGACCAGUUACUCUCCCCCAUGUCCCGAAAUUCAUCUCAAAUUAAAAUAGAUCCUUUUGAACAGCAAAGUCAGACAGCCCAACUUGAGAAAAAUCAUGCUUUGAACGUAAAUGCCUCGAGAUUCUCUAGUGGUCAUCCAGUUGAUUCUAUUUUCGGAAGCAAAACAGGUGUGCCUUACCCAUCUGCAUCAAACCAAGUUAUUUGGUUUUCAGAUGGGGACCCUCAAGCAAUGGAUGUGUUUUCUGCUUCAAGACAGCUCUGGCUAGGUUCUUUGUCUUCUGACACUUCUGAGGCUGCAGUAAGAUAUGAACUUGAGAAAUUUGGUCCUGUAGAAAACUUCUCAAUUUAUCCAGUCAAAAGGUUUGCCCUGGUUGAGUAUAGAAGCCUAUUCGAUGCCAUUAAGGCCCGGGAUUUCAUGCGUAGAUAUUCUCCCUGGGGGUAUCCAGUUCGUGUCAAAUUUAUUGAUAGUGGGUUGGGAACAAGAGGCGCAGUCCAUGGUGUGGCCAUUGGCUCCAGCUGCCAUGUGUAUGUGGCCAAUUUGAUGAACCAGUGGGUGAAGGAUGAGCUUAUGCGUGAAACAAUGAAGGUAAUUAGUAAAGGUCCUCGUUUGGUUACUGAAUUGACAAGUGAAGCUGCAUUACUUUUGGAGUUUGAGACUCCUGAAGAAGCAGCUAAUGCGAUGGAAUGUGUCAGGCAGAUUCGGAGAGGGACAAACAGUUUUAAAGCUGCUGGUGCGGGAGCUGAUAUGUCCAGAUCCCAUCCUAGCUUUUGGAAUGUGGGUCCUCCUGUCAGCAGUGCCUUUGGGAUGUGCAACACCGUGCUUGGUUCCCCUCAUGGUCAAACAGCUGGAAGCCCAACUCACAGGAUGCAUAAUGCAACUUUACCUUUUACGUUAAAUUCUGAAGGCAUUCCUCCUGAAUAUCCAUCACCUAAAACAAGCUAUGAGAAGCAAGGAUAUCUGCAAGGUGGACUAGUCUCUCAGCCAAAUAAUGCUGCUUCUGGUUGCAUAGAUACACGAGUAUUAGGGAGCAGCCAAGGUUAUAAGCCGGGUAUGUCAGGACAGAUGUGGUUAUACAGGAAACCAGAGCCUGAAGUGCAAACUUCAGGAGGAACUGUUGUUUGUACACCUAUAGCAACCCAAGGACCUAUUAAUGCUCCACCUCAGUCUUUUCAAACUCCACCUUACAUGCAACCUGUUUAUCCACCACCCUCCAGUUCCUGGGAUGCACACAGUUUGAGCUACCACAUGUCUCUGAAUCCAAUUCAUGCAAAUGUUGUACCUACUAUUGUACAUAGUAAUCCCAUUCCUCCUCCUUUUGCUCAAGCUUCAGUGACCCCAUUGUCACAAAUAUCAGGAAGCGGUAUUCAGGUAUUUAGUCAAAUGGUUCCCCCGCCAAUUAUACCUCCUCUUUUGUCAACAAUGCCGCCACCUCAACCUGAUAUACCACCUCAGUUUCCUCCUCCACCUAUUGUCCCUCCUCCUCCCUGUUCACCUCCGCCACCUCCUCCGCCGCCUGCUAUGGACCCACCCCCACCUGCUACCCAGCCUAAUGACAUGAUAAGUGCUGUUGGUGGCUUGCAGAUCCAGUGGCAGGGUACAUUAUCAAAAAGUGGAGUUCAUUAUUGUAAUAUUUAUGCACAUAGUGUUGAUUCAGAUCUUUGUAAAUAUUCAAUUUCUGUUUCAGAGCCUGCUGGGUGGCCAGCAAAAUUGGACAUGACAAAACGCACAGAUUUUCGCCAUGUUAAGGCUACAUUUACCAACACCCCAUCAUUCAGAAGGGAGGUAUGCGUGCUUGUACCAUCUUCAGCUGCUGAUCAUAAAGGAUUUCAGGACUUUAUUUUGUAUCUAAAGCAAAGAGAAUGUGCUGGAGUUAUUAAGAUCCCAGCCACAAAAGCUGUAUGGGCAAGGCUUCUUUUCAUCCUUCCAUGCUCACCAGAGGCUUGUUCGAUGCUUUCCCUAAAGUCGAACCCUUCUGAUUCCCUUAUCACCGUGGUGUUGCCAAAAGAUGCAAAUGUGGAAUGUGCAUGACAUAUCUUGUUUAAAAGACAAUUGAGGAGGCAUAUAUGUUAACUGGAAAGGCUUAUCACAAGUGAUCCUGUGUGCGAGACAUGAAAGUAUUGGAAAGCUUGGUCUUUUUAUAACAGUAAACCUGCAGUUGAAAAAGUUUACUUCUAUGGUUUCAAAUGCAGUGCAUGGAGCUAAAUUCAGUUAAAAUAGUGAAGCUCAACUAGCAGCAAAAAUAUAUUCAGUUUUAGUACAGUGGAUAGAGUUAUCAGAGCAAACAUGUCAAUUGCGGCUGCUUUAUGGUACAUGCAAUUAGAACUCUCAACGUUGUGAGGUGCAUUCUUAGGCCAACAAAUUUACCAAAGAUGAUUGUUAGUAUAGUCUGGAAAUUCUUGUUUCUAACUUUACAAAUUCUGCAUCUGGUACCAUGUAACCUUGCGCAGCUAACAACUUGGAUGUACUGCAAAUGUAAAUAGUUUCCCAUGUUGUUCAGAAAUUGAUGGGAUUUUUGAGUUA